CCAUCAUCAAGCUCUACGUUUAUGCACUGGUGCCUUUUGCACCUCCCCUGUACAAAUCUGUAUGUGGAUGCUUAUGAGCCUUCACUGUCUCUUAGGAGAGAACAGUUGUCUCUUUUUUAUUAUAUAAAAGAGAAAUCUCAUACUAAACAUUCCAUUGAUUGUACAGUAUCAGAUACUCAGCUGACAAGGCUAUUUGAAGCUCGUCCAAGUAGUGUCCCUACAUUCAACAUAAGAAUGGAAAAUGUAAGAAGCACCAUUGACCUGAACACAAGCAACAAUUUACAGGCCGAGGUGUAUAGUAUACCACCUUGGUCAACUACUGUGAUAAAUGUUGACUUUUGCUUAAAGCAGUUUUCCAAGGAAUCCACUCUAGACUACAUUUACAGACAGCACUUUGCAGAAAUCCAACACAAUGACAGGAAUUUGAUUCCUAUUUACACUGACGGUUCUAAGUCGGAUGAUUACGUUGGUUCAGCGUUUGUCUGGCAGGAUGAAAUUGUGGCAGAGCAAAUCACAUCAAAUUCAUCUAUUUUUACUGCAGAGCUGUACGCUAUUCACUUAGCAUUAAAGUAUGUAAUUAGAAAAGGUUAUCGUCGCUGCGUUAAUUACAGUGAUUCACUUAGUGCACUUCAGGCUUUGAUCUCAUGUGAACCUAGUUAUCACUCUAUAGUGAUUAAAAUUCGUAAAUUGUUUUGCCAUUUUACUGCGAAUGAUUUAUUUGUAAAAUUUUGUUGGGUCCGAGGCCAUGUAGGUAUAAAAGGAAAUGAAGAUGCUGAUGCAGCCGCAAAGUCAGCUAGUCCUCCACAGCAUACAAUGCAUACUGAAGGAGGGGAUUUGAAACUAGUCAUUAAAAAACGACUAGCAGAGAGAUGGCAAGUUAUGUGGAAUGCACAAAUCUACAAUAAACUACAUGAGAUCGAACCGAUGAUAGUAAAUUGGACACAUAAUAGGCAGUAUGAUAGGAGAUCUGAGGUAGUCCUUACUCGUUUGAGAAUUGGACACACUUGAAUGACUCAUUAAUACCUCAUGAUGGGUGAUGAUC